UGAGGAUCAAUUUAGAGAUCCACCCAAACCCUAACAUUUAUCGGCGAGGUUCGCAUUCUGGGUCUCUUCAGUUCUCCCGGCGUCUUCUUCUUCUCGCCGACCUGCCGUAAGUUCCGUUGUUGAUUUAUAUGUGAUGGAGGAUUUUCUCUGGUUUCUCAAGAUCUGAUCUCUUUGUCUGAAUGAAGGACUGAGCGUAGAAGUGAAAGCAAGAGAAAUCCGACGGAACCAUGAGUAAGUUACAGAGUGAUGUUUUGAGGGAAGCAAUCUCUCAGAUUGCAAAUGAUUCUCGGGAGAAGAAGCGCAAUUUUACUGAAACCAUUGAGCUACAAAUUGGUCUGAAAAACUAUGACCCCCAAAAAGAUAAGCGUUUCAGUGGAUCUGUGAAGUUACCUCAUAUCCCUCGUCCAAAAAUGAAGGUCUGCAUGCUUGGUGAUGCUCAGCAUGUUGAGGAGGCAGAGAAAAUAGGGCUUGACUAUAUGGAUGUUGAAGCACUAAAAAAAAUGAAUAAAAACAAGAAGCUGGUCAAAAGGCUUGCUAAGAAGUACCAUGCUUUUCUAGCAUCAGAGGCGAUCAUUAAGCAGAUUCCUCGUCUUCUUGGUCCUGGUCUCAACAAGGCAGGGAAGUUUCCCACAUUGGUGACUCAUCAGGAAUCCCUGGAGGCAAAAGUUAAUGAGACAAAAGCAAUGGUGAAAUUUCAGCUCAAGAAAGUUCUAUGCAUGGGUGUUGCUGUGGGUAACUGUUCAAUGGAGGAAAAGCAGAUUUUUCAGAAUGUGCAACUCAGUGUUAACUUUCUUGUAUCAUUGUUGAAAAAGAACUGGCAAAAUGUGAGGUGCUUGUACCUGAAGAGCACCAUGGGGAAGCCAUACCGAGUAUUCUAGGCAGUUCUUUGCCUGGUCUGGUAAUUUGCAAGACAAGAUGUAGGGAAUACUUGGUUUUCAUUUUGUUCAUUCAGGUCUUGUUAUCAACGUCUAUUAGUUUGGAAUCCAAAAUUUCGUUCCUUUUGGUGCCAGUGAGAUUUUGGUGUUUGAUAGCUUUUAAGACUUUCUGAUGGAAUGCAUUAUUAUGAAUUUCAGUUCACUGGUUGUGAUUUAAGACCACCAAAAUGUGAGAAUGUUUUCUUAGUA